UGUCAAUACCUUAAAGGGAGACGAUGCGAUGCCAAUGCGUCGCCUUCAUCGGCACAGGUGUGCGCUCCCCAGCAAAUCACUAGUCCCCCGCCACACCUUUCUCCUCUAUUAAGCCCCAGAUGCUACGUCUCCCCCGCAGUCCACACCAUCAUCUUAUCCCGGGGCCUGAGAGCCAGACGAAUUAUCUCCUUCUUCUCCAACCUUCUUGGUUUCCAACCUUGUGUGCCGUGGAUCGGCAUGGCGAGGAAAUGCUCGAGCUGCGGCCACAAUGGCCACAACUCGAGGACCUGCAGCGGCCACAGAGGCCUCGAGAGCGGCGGCGGCGGUGGCCUGAGGCUGUUCGGGGUGCAGCUGCAAGUGGGCGCUGCGCCUCUCAAGAAGAGCUUCAGUAUGGAGUGCCUGUCGUCGUCGGCGUCGGCCUACUACGCGGCGGCCGCGGCCGUGGGUGUUGCCGCGUCCAACUCGUCGUCGUCCGUGUCCUCGUCGUCGUCGCUCGUCUCGGUGGAGGAGAGCCCGGAGAAGAUGGGCCACGGGUACCUCUCGGACGGACUCAUGGGCAGGGCUCAGGAGAGGAAGAAAGGGGUUCCAUGGACUGAGGACGAGCACCGGAGGUUCCUGGCCGGCCUGGAGAAGCUCGGGAAAGGCGACUGGCGAGGCAUCUCCCGGCACUUCGUCACCACGCGCACGCCGACGCAGGUGGCCAGCCACGCCCAAAAGUACUUCCUCCGGCAGGCCGGCCUCGCGCAGAAGAAGCGGCGCUCCAGCCUCUUCGACGUGGUCGAGAAGAAUGGCGACAGAGCAACCACCGAGCGUCGCCACAGGCUAAAACCCGACGCCACCAGCUCCGUGGACGCGAUGGGGUUAACGUUCCCUGCUCUUUCCCUCGGCGCCAGCCGGCCGAGGCCGGACGCGGCGCUACCUCCGUGCCUGACUCUGAUGCCGAGCUUCUCGUCGCCGUCGGUGAGCCGUGCGCCGAAGCUCCCUCCUUCCCUGGGCCUGGUGGCAAAUGCGAAUCCUCCUCCUCGGCAGGCACCUGACCUGGAGCUCAAGAUCGCGUCGACGGCCGCCCGGAAGACCGAUCAGCAGGCCGGUGCCGCCGCCGGUUCGUCGCCGUCGCCGAGGACGCCCUUUUUCGGAACCAUCAGGGUCACCUAGAGCGAGCCAAAGACUACCGAGACGACGGCCAAAAAGAGAUCUUGACGACGACGACGACGACGAACAACAAGAAGAAGAAAGAGCCUUUGUUAGUGGCGUGCUACGUACAUUAGCAGCAUGUAUGCCAGCCUCAGUAAUCGUGCGUGUGUUGCUGGCAUGGCAUUAACAAAAUGCCAUCACCGAUCCAUCCUGUAUUAUCACCAUCAUCGUCACUAAGACCCAACUUUACUGGCCUAAUUUAGCCAUGCAAAUAAACAAGGAACGGGCUAUCGAUCGGCCACCUUAUCAUCA